AAACGGAACAGUGUCGCGCAGCAUCCUUGAAUGACACAUUUCAACAUGGACCACUUCAUUUUCAUCUAAAUUUAAGUUAAACUCCAAACGGACAAAGAUGGGGGAGAGUGUGGAUGUUCGUGCGUUGAGGGCCAGGUUCCAUGCCAAGGCUGACAUGGCAGGUAGCCAAGAUAGUACUUCUCCAAAAUCUCCACUGCCAGGAUUUGGUAGAGGAGGCCCGUUGUUGGCAGAUGUCGGUGUUACAGCAAAUGGAGGGGUCCGACAUAAACUGAUGCCUAUGGUUCCCACACCACCACUUUCUGGAUCAAGCUCCACACCCGACUUUCAGAGACUACCACCACGACCUGUAAGGGCUGAACUGGAGGGCAUAUCCACCAUCCCCAAGCCUCAUGGUGUCUUCCCCCGCCCUCCACCAUCACACCGCCCCCAUGGAGCCACCAAGGAGCUGCCCCGACCUCUACCCCCACCCUCAGACACUGACAGGCUAGGGAAGGUGAGGGUCACAGGAGAGCGCCUGCAGAAUAUGAUGCUAACGCACAAGGGAGUACCCACCGCCCCUUCCAAGCCAGCGCACCCCUCCCUACCCAGCCAGAGGAGUCUGACGGAGGUAACCCCCCUGAGAAGGACCCUGCCCUCUGAGGGCCCCAGACCCAUAAAGCCCAGACGACCCACCCACGUCAACCUGCAGGCCCAUCAGAGAAACACCAGGGCACCACACCUUGCAGGGCGCCCAGGGUUAAGGAAGACUGAAGGUGGCAGCAGUAAGUCUCUUCCAGGGAUGGUCAGUCUGUCUGGCCCCUCAAGACUCCCAACCAAGCCCAGCAGCCUACCACGGCAGUGUACCCCUGUACAUUCCGAGGAUGACCAGGGGGUAUAUGAUGACAUAGGCCUAGGCCUAGAUGUAAAACCACCUCCCCCACCUCCAAACCCAAAACACCCAGGGAGCUGGGACAAAAGUGACUCCUGGAAUGAAAAUAGUUCUUCACAAAUAGAUAAGGGGAGCGAUGAAAGUGAGGUCUAUGAUAUGAUUGAUAAAGGCAACCAAGAGGAGGUGAAAACCACAAGUUCUGAUAAGAAUAAACAGAAAGAGUUGAGGUGGCAGAAAGAGCAGGAGAGGAGAGAGCAAAAGGAAAUACUGGAAAGGGAAAACAAAUACAGAAAGAAAUUCAAGCUGGGGACUGGGGACAUAGAGGUCCUUCACAUGGCCAGGGUUCGACAUGACUGGCAGGGAGGCAAGCAGGAUCUAACUGUUCGACAGGGAGACAGUGUGGAGAUCUUACGGGUUAAGAACAAUCCUGGGGGCAUGUGGCUAGCCCGCACACAGACUGGCACCUAUGGCUACAUCAUUAACACAUGUGUGGAUGUGGACUAUGAGGAAGUGAAACGUAAACUCAAACUGUCCAGAGCCCCUGACCCCUCACUGCCACCACCACCACCUCCACCUCCCGUCUCUUUUGAGGACAAUGACAUUUAUUAUGAUGUCGACUCCUCAGAUAACAUGAACAGCAGCAUGACUCAGGAGGAGGAUGACUACGAUGAUGUGCAAGGAAUUAACAAUGACUUCCCCCUUCCACCUCCUGAAAUAAGUCUACAUCCAAAAAUGAGCAAGAAACUGGAGAAAGAUGAACAAGAGUUCAGAAAAAAAUUUAAGUUUGAGGGACCGAUUAAGGUGUUACACUGCAUGAUGGUUGACGCAAGCAUCAAGAAGGCAGGAGGGAAGGAUCUAGCUGUGGUUCAAGGAGAGAUCCUGGAGAUAAUUCAACUCACCAGUGACAAGAAAGCCCUGUGUCGCAACGAGCAGGGGAAAUAUGGAUAUGUGCCCAGGGUUGUUCUUCUUCAGGCGGAAGGGGAGGAUGUUUACGACGAUGUUGAUCAUAUUAACGAUAUCUAUGACAAUGACAAUGUCUAUGAUCACACAAUCCACUGAAACCCUUUUCCUUUCCUGACCAACAUGGAUCACCAAUCCUGGACUGACAAUUUAAUGCUUGUCUUCCAGGGAGACACACACACACACACACACACACACAAAUGUCCUAAGAAUUGAAACAAUCAUGGCAUGAUUGUUGUUUGCUCGAAUUUGCUUGUAGAACUAUUUAAUACACUAUGCUUUGUUCGUGGCUGGGCUUCUUGAGAUGAGUUUGAAUAAUAAAUACUUUUUUGUCAGUUGUA